AUGGACCACUCUUACGAGGACAGCUGCGACUCAGGUUUUGAAUUAUCCUUUAAAUCAGAAUCAACCGAAUACACAGAUGAUAGAAGCGAUUUAUACGACAUGGACUACGAAUCACCCCAUAAGAAAAUCAAGAUAGAAGACCCAAACAUGAACCAGGAGCUGUACGAAAAGUUUAACACGGCCUUCCAUAGCAGUUUGGUGGAGCUCGAUAGAAGAAUACAACCUAUUGACGUAUACAGAGGAUUCGAAAGCGGAGAAUCAUGCAGGAGGAAUUUGUUUGGAGGAACCGAUGAAAUGGAAUUUUAUUACCCUUUGCAAAAUGAUCCGUCGAAAACGUCAACUCCAACAAAAAACGAUUCUAAGGAAGUUAAAACGAAGAAGAAGUAUGCAACUGGUAGAAACAGAGUGACAAGGGCGAAAAGCCCAACGCAAGUGAUAAAAAUAAAAAGAGUCAGAAGAUUGAAAGCUAACGACAGGGAAAGAAAUAGAAUGCACAUGUUAAAUGAAGCUUUGGACAAACUAAGAUGUGUCCUACCCGCUUUCCCCGAAGAUACCAAGCUUACCAAAAUCGAGACCUUAAGGUUUGCUCACAACUACAUUCAUGCGUUAUCCCAAGCGGUGAAUGACAUCGAAAAGUUUUCCAACCCAAACAGUGAUAGCGUUGUCGUUAACGUUGGUAAUGUGGUAGUUUCAAUUAAUAAAUACGGCAAUAGUAUACAAUCAAGAAAUUUUGACCAAAAUAUGUCAAAUGCUAUUGUUACGAGUGGUAGUAUUACAAACGCUAGUUUCAUGGCGGAUUAUAAUAUGGCGUCGGAUAUGUCUAGCCCCAGCAGUGAUAACCAAAGUCAAUAUGAGUUUCCUCAAGAAGUCACCCACAACUAUAUGCCCAACGAUUAUGGAAAUGUUACCACUAAUUAUUACAAUUAUAAUAAUAACUUAUUGUAUAAUUAUAAUAGCUAUAGGGGGUGA